AUGUCGAGCUCCAGAAACGAAAAUGCUUUGCCAGAAGGAGAAGGCGAAGAAGGACAUAAACUUGGAUACAGUUUGGAAAUAGACACCAAGUAUGAUGUAGAUGAAGAAUUUAGGAAACCCGGAUACGCUCGUGGCCCCGAAGGAUGUGUUGGAACUCGCUACGGUGAUUUGCCGGAAGGAGGCUACGCCGGAGGAAGUGUUGGUCGUGCCAGAGCAGUCACUAAGAAGGGUUUCUCCGCACAAGCAGAUGGACCUUGUGGGUUCGCAGGAAGUGGAAGCAAUGACGAUGAAGCCUACGCUGGUGGAGAAAGCUGUAUUGGGGAAGCAGAAGCUCAUGCUGGUCCCUUUGGAGUGGGAGUGCAAGGUCCUGGCGCAGAAGGCAACUUUAGGAUUGGAAACAAAGGAUUGAAAGUGGACAGCGGAGCUAAUGUAGCAUCAGGAAAGGUUCAAGUGGGCCCAGUCAAAGUUGGUGCGGGCGUUGGGAUAAAGGGCGCCCUACGAGCUGGCUACGGCGGCGUUGGAGCUAUUGUCCCAGGCGUUGGAGGCGCCGUUGUCGCUAAAGACGGAUUGGAGCUCGCUGUAGGUCCCUUUAAUUUCAAAAUUGGUUGGUAAAAAUGUCAAUGUUUAAACUUAUCGAACUCUCGAUGUAAAUGAAAAGAAAUGCUUUAAGCCUUAUUAUUAUUUUUUUUCUAGCAGCUUAAAUUUUUUAAGCCAAACACUCAAUAUGUUUUUUAUACUGAGUUAUACUCUGCCAAAAUAUAUCACGAGAAAAAAUGUUUUGUAAAGAUCCGAGGAUCAACAAAUACAGAACUACGUUGCUUAUAAAGUGAUUGAUUUAUCUAUAGCCUCUCCGUUUAUUUUUUUUGCCUCAUGCAUGUGGAGGCAGGGUGAGUCUACAGAAGGCAAUCCACCAAGCUGUUCACAACUGAGAAAAAAAUAAGAAUAAAAAGAGUAUUGUUUUUCGUCUGUCUUCUCGGUUUGUUUUCUACAUUUGUUAUCUAGUGAGCAUAUAAAUGGAAACCUUCUCAUUUCACCGAUAAAAAAGAUUGGUAAAAUGCAACCAGCAAAAACAACAGCAACAACAACAAAAGGAAAAAACAGAAAAGAAGGCAAAUGUUCAUUUAAUUCCAAAGACGGCAAACGAUUGGAUUUGGGGAUUUUGUGAAAAACAGUCGACGCGCAAGGGUCGUUCAGAAUACUACUGAAGACUAGGUUAUGACGACAUGUUGGUAUUGUAAUCUCAUAUCCAAAACACAGGUAUAAAACCGAAAUAGCACUCACAUUUUUUGCAUAACUCGGGCAUGUUGUACUAAAAGUUCUGAAAGCUGUUUUGCCAGCUAACGGAAGUCAGAAAUGUACUGAGUUAAUAAGAGCUCGUGGACAUUUCAGUCGAAUUUUUUGAAUGAACCUCACACGAUCUCAUACGACUUGUAGAGCUUUUUUGGUAUAGUCGAAGAUUUGCUUUAUACCUCCCUAUGUUAUUGCUUCGAAGUAACUAAACAAGUUUUGUUUGGUUUUUUUUUUCUACCAACGGUCCGACAGAGUAAAACCUUAAAAGACCACAACGACGACAACGAUGGCCUCAAUAAUCAUAAUAAGCUGCCACAAAAACGUUGCUCAACUGCUUUCCUUAGCUUCAGAACUGAACUGACAGAAUUUUUUCUGAUUCAGCUUUAAGGCCUCUGAAUGAAAUAGUAGUAUUUUCCAGGAGCCCAUGUGGGCUCCUGUAUUUUACUACAUUGAAUUUUUGUAUAUUACUGACGAAUUUUCAGAACGCCAGCUAUGUUAACAAUUCAUAAAUCUCAAAGUCUUGCCAAAUGAAGAACAAAUCAAAGCAAGGCCAGAACAGGCAAUGGAAAGAUAAGCAAACAGGCCGGGCAUGAUCCAAACCAGAAAAAACUUUCCAGAUCUUAAAAAUUUCUUUUCUUUUGGUUGUCAAGUGAGAAGAUGCCUUCAUUAGAAGGGAAAAUUACCGUCAAGAACCAUUAAGUACAAUACGAGGAAAUUAUGUUUCUUAGAAAUCAAGGUCAGGGAUCAUAAUCACCUUCAUGUAUUACGCUUCAAUUUGCCUGAAAAGCGUCGACUGUGACUCAGCUGUGUUCCUUUACAGUAAACUGAGUUUAAAAAAACCCUGUUAUGAUAACUAACUGGAUAGACUGGGGUUUUUCUUUUUAAUAAGGUCAUUGAGAUAGACUGAUCUCGUCUCUCCUCCUUGGAGCCAAAGUAAAUAACGCCUGUAGAUACUGUAAGCUGACCCAAAAAGAAAGGGAUUUUCCCCUUCGAGAAGGGAAUAAGUGGAAGAUUUUCCCAACGUUUCUAUUAAAUAACAAGUUUGUUUGGUCUGAAGCAAGCUAGUGUCAGAAAAAAUAGUUUGAAAAAUUAUCAUAAAGAAGGGGUGGUGUGGGUCCCCGGGCCCCUCCCCUAGAUCCGCCACUCGACUACAGCUUUGAAUCGUCGAAAAACGAUCGUCAUAAGUCGUCUUUAACCGGUGCCGACCAAUAUCUUCUGCCCCGCACAGCCUGCAUAAAAAACGGCGCUCGGCUUUGUGUGGAAUAGAAACUAUUAAAAACGGAAGUAAAUAAUGAAAACGAAACCAAGUGGGAGCACAUCAGAAACUAGAUCAAAGAGAAUAUUAAUAAUGGAAACGUAAUCUCAGGUUAUGUUGUGCUUAAAGACGGCUUGAAAUUUAACCAUCAGUAUCAGUAAGGGACGCAUGUAAACCCCGGGGGGGUACUUUAGGAAUUUCUGGGUGGGGAUGUGCCACUGGAACCCUGGAACCCUUAACCUAUACCAGAGCUAGUGAUGAAGCUAGGAAGUUAGGAUGAAGCCCCUAUUGCUAGUUCAGCUAAAUUUUGCUACCCUAUACUAGAGUAAACUCCCCAAAUCUCCCUAUCCUAGAGUAGCUGUUUCCCUAGUCUAGAAAAAAACUAGACCCAAAUGUUCUGAUUUAUAUACCCUAUUCUAGAGUAAACUGCUUGAAAACCAUACCCUUCACAGCGGCACAUACCUAUAUAGCCCACAUAUGGCAGUACCCCCCCCCCGGUGUAAAACAGCAACGAAUAAAAUUAGGCACAGUAGACAUUGAUGGUUUUUAAUAUAACAGUGUUUAUCUCUUUAAAGCAUCGGUAUUGCUAUAGAGAAACUGAAAUUAAGAAAACAAACCGCAAAGAAUAAAAUAAAAUAUAAAAUAUGUUAGAUAAAUAUAAAAAUAUUAAAAUAUGUCAGACUAAAUAGCUACGGUAAGGUUGGCAAGGUCUAUAUUUCUUGUCUUAUACCAUCCGGCAAAUGUAAGCAUGAUGCGUCAUGAAAAAUUGUUUAUUGAUCCCUGGCCAUGAUUUCUAAGAACUAGGUAAUACGAGAGCCUUCUCAUUUUAUAUUUCGCUUUGAAAAGAAUGGUUUUGGAAAGGUGUUUUUCCCAUCUGCUCAGCAAUUAAUAGGCUUCUAGUAGGAUGAGGAUAAGAAAUGGCGGAGACCCGAGCGCUGGAGAGGGCUCGCCCACGGCUCAGUAGGAGAUACUAAAGCAAGUUUUGAUCCCCUGAGAAACGGCGGUUCCAUGCAGGCACAAAAGUGUAGUUAAUGCCAGAGUAGUUAGUAAAGAUGGAGUUUUCUUUAACUAGAUUUGCCUUUUAGAAAAGUAGGAGCUAAAUUCGACAAGGAUGAAGUCUCUAUUGCUGUUGAGGUUUCUUAGCAAAUAAUCGAACCGCUGACCAUGUUCUUACACUACGAACAUUAAUUGACAAAUACGUUAACUGUCACAAAACGAAAGUAUACGCAUGUUUUGUGGACUUUAGAAAAGCACUUGAUUCGGUGUGGCACGAUGGACUCUUAUACAAGGUGUUACAAAUAAAUGUCCGAGGAAACUUCUAUAAAGUCAUAAAAAGUUUAUACUCAAACUCUACCUGUUCUAUUAGAAUUGGAAAUAACCAAACACAACCUUUUCAAUACACUAGAGGUGUGCGUCAAGGCUGCAUUUUAAGCCCUCUUCUCUUCAACCUAUACGUUAAUGAUCUAGCUUUUUCAUUCAACAAUAUUUUAUCUGAUCUGUUUGUGCUACCAAAUGGCACCAAACUCAAUUCUCUUUUUUAUGCUGACGACCUUAUUAUAUUAUCACGAUCGAAACUAGGAUUACAAAAUUGCCUAAACAAAUUGUCUUCAUAUUGCAACUCCUGGAUGCUUAAAAUCAUCCCCAAGAAAACCAAAAUAAUGGUUUUCCAAAAAGGCACAAAAAAUGUGAUUAUGUUUUUCACUUAGGCAAUGAAAUGAUAGACAUUGUACAAGACUAUACUUACUUAGGUACUCGCAUCUCGUCUCCCGGAAAUUUUACAAUCUCAUUUGAACAUCUUCGACAAAAAGCCGUUCAUGCUCUAUUUAGUCUAAGACGCCACACUGAUUUUAGUAAACUGAAACCUUCUCUUGCAAAUAAAAUUUUUGACACAAUGAUCUCACCGAUUUUAACUUACAAUAGUGAAGUUUGGGGUGCCUUUGUGAAAUCAGAUUUUAAGUCAUGGGAUAACUCCGGAAUCGAAAAAACUCAUUUACACUGUACUUCUGUAAACGAUAUUUAGAAGUCCAUAACAAGUCAUCCAAUGUUGCAUGCAGAUCUGAACUUGGCAGAUUCCCUUUGAUCAUUGAUAUAAAUAACAAGAUACUUAAUUACUUAAACUAUCUCCAAGAAAAAGAUGAAAAUUCUAUAGUUAAUAAUCUUUAAAAAUAUCUGUUGACCUUUAUCAUAGUGGUCAAAAUAGUUUUUACUCCAGUCUUAAGAAGAUGACUGACUACUAUGAUUUCCCAGGCUUAAAUUGUGAUUUACUGAAUAUAUGUAAAAUCAAGCAAUAUGUAGAUCUUAUGCAAAAGGAAUAUAUCACUUACUGGAAUCAUACCCUUCAACAUUCACACAAACUUAACUUUUAUUAUAAAAUCAAAACGAAUUAUAGCCCUUCUGUCUACCUAGAUCUAACAAGAAAGAACCCUUCUAGGAAAACAUUAGUGAAACUGAGAAUAAGCAGUCACAAAUGAUUGAGACAGGUAGAUACGACAAUAUACCACGUGAGAAAAAGGUUAUGCAAUCUCUGCAAUUGUAACAGAAUUGAAGAUGAAACUAACUUUUUACUAGAUUGUCCAAGUUCUUCUACGAUAAGAGAUAUAUUCUUCUCUAAACUCUAACCUAAAACACCUUUUCUAAGACUACAACCACAUGAGUCCUUAUUAUCACAUCUGAUGAAUUCUACUGACUAUUUUAUUAACAUCCAAUUAAUUUCAUUUAUAUCAACUUGCUUUGAAUUGAGAGACAAACUUAUCUCCGGAAUAAUUAAUCCUACUGAUGUUGAGAAAUAAACAAUGAUUAAUAAGUUUCAAAUUAUUUUAAAUAUUUAAUUUACAAGGAGUCAACGAUUAAUUUCAAGUAGCUUUUGCAAUACUGUAAUACUUUGUUAUGGUCAUGCAAAUAAAGCUUAUUGUUGUUAUUGUUGUUGAGUCUCGUGAAAGUUGAAGCCUAGGCUGGUCCGUUAUUAGGAGUAGGGGUACAAGGUCCGGGAACUAGAGGGGAGGUCCAUGUUAGAAGUAAAGGAUUGAAAAUGGGUGAUGGAGCCAACGUUGCAUCAGGGAAAGUAAAAGUUGGCCCUAUCAAGCUUGGGGCGGUAGUUGGGGAGAAGAGUCCCGUAUACGAGCUGGUUAUGGCGCCGUUGGAGCUAUUAUCCGGUUUGUUGGAGGCGCCAUUGUCGGCAAAGACGGAUUUG